UAAAAUAUUUUAAAACAUGACAGCUGACACGUCUCAAGUGUGGUGGCUUGAUAUUGACAAUAAGUUUUAACCAUACAAUGAGUGAUGGAGUUGGUAUUAAACAGUUCAUGGAUACAUGGGCAGAAAUGGCUCGAGGAGCACAUCAACCUUCCAUUCAACCAGUCUGGCGUAGAGAGAUUCUCAUGGCAAGAGAUCCCCCAUGCAUUACAUGUAACCAUCGUGAAUAUGAACAAGUACUUCCACCAAAUAAUACCAUCAAGGAAGAAGAUACUACAACCAUACUCCAUCAAUCUUUCUUCUUUAAACCUUCAGACAUAGCUGCACUUCGUCUCUUGGUUCCAUUUCAAUGUACCACAUUCGAUCUUAUCACUGCAUGUUUUUGGUAUUGUCGCACAAAAGCAUUGCAGUUAGAGCCACAAGAUGAAGUACGAAUGAUGGUCAUCGUCAAUGCACGUUCGAGGUUUAACAAUAAUCAUUCCCCCCCACUUAUUGGAUAUUACGGUAACUUUUUUGCUUAUCUAUCAACUGUCACCACUGCAGGGAAACUUUGUGAAAACUCACUAGGAUAUGCAGUUGAGUUAAUAAGAAAAGUAAAAACCGAAGUUACAGAGGAAUACAUACAGUCUGUAGCAGAUCUUAUGGUUAUUAAGGAUCGAUGCUUAUUUACAACCGUGAGAUCAUGUAUUAUUUCAGAUUUGACUCGAGCUAAAUUUAGAGAAGUGAAUUUUGGAUGGGGAGAAGGGGUGUAUGGUGGAGUCGUAAAAGGUGGGGCUGGACCUUUUCCAGGUGCAACUUAUAUUUUUCCUCAAAAGAACGCAAAAGGAGAAGAUUGUUUCAUGUUGCCUAUUUGUUUGCCCUCUCAAGUAAUGAAGAGGUUUGCUGAAGAGUUAGAUCACAUCCUUGGUAAUCAGAAUUAA